GAUUUGAAAAACGACACUCCACACCCGAAAGCCGUAAUCCAGAACAUUCUCCAUUAAAGCUCCCUUCUUUACCAAAUACUGCCGCAUUCCAUCCCACAAAACUAACAUUGUUCACUGCCAUCAAUACUAUUCUUCUUCAUUCCAUUCUCUCCAAUCUCAAUGAACAACACAACAAUGAGGCACAUUUCUUUCAUUUUAUUGAUAAUCUCAUUCUCAUCCAUCCUCCCCCAAUCCCAGCAGCAGCAGCAUCCAAUCAAAAACAUAGUAAUCCUAGUAAUGGAAAACCGCUCAUUCGACCACAUGAUCGGGUGGAUGAAGAAAUCCAUCAACCCCUCCAUCAACGGCGUCACCGGCAACGAAUGCAACUCCCCCUCCUCAAACCCCUCCCAAAAAAUCUGCGUCUCCUCCGACGCCCACUUCAUCGAUCCCGACCCCGCCCACUCCUUCGACGCCGUCUCCCACCAGAUCUUCGGCUCCCCUCCCUCCCCCUUCCCCACCAUGUCCGGCUUCGUCGACCAAGCCCUCUCCAUCUCCCCCAACCUCUCCUCCACCGUCAUGAAAGGCUUCUCCCCCCAAAACCUCCCCAUCUACUCCUCCCUCGUCCAACACUUCGCCCUCUUCGACCGCUGGUUCUCCUCCAUCCCGGGCCCCACCCAGCCCAACCGCCUCUUCCUCUACUCCGCCACCUCCCACGGCUCCACCUCCCACCUCAAGAAGCUCCUCGCCAAGGGCUACCCUCAGAAAACCAUCUUCGACUCCUUGCACGAAAACGGCCUCAAUUUCGGCGUCUACUUCCAGAACAUCCCCACCACUCUCUUCUACCGCAACAUGAGGAAGCUCAAGUACAUUUGGAAAUUCCACGAUUACGAUCUCAAAUUCAAGAGGGAUGCCAAGAGGGGGAAGCUCCCGAGCGUGAGCGUGAUCGAGCCGAGGUACUUCGACCUCAAGGGGAUGCCGGCCAACGACGACCACCCCUCCCACGACGUGGCGAAUGGGCAGAGGCUGGUGAAGGAGGUCUACGAGGCGCUGCGUGCGAGCCCCCAGUGGAACGACACGCUCUUGCUCAUCACCUACGACGAGCAUGGCGGCUUCUACGAUCAUGUCCCCACGCCUUACGUCGGUGUCCCCAAUCCCGAUGGCAACACCGGCCCUUCGCCUCAUUUCUUCAACUUCGACCGCCUUGGCGUUCGUGUUCCCACCAUCAUGGUCUCUCCUUGGAUCAAGAAAGGAACUGUUGUGAGCAAGCCAAAUGGGCCUACUACUAAUUCAGAGUUUGAGCAUUCAUCAAUCCCUGCUACAAUAAAGAAGAUGUUCAACCUCACAUCCAACUUCCUCACUCACAGAGAUGCUUGGGCUGGCACGUUCGAGCAAGUCUGGGGCGAGUUAGCUUCUCCAAGAACCGACUGCCCCGAGGUUUUGCCGGAGGUGAGUCCUCUGAGGAGGACAGAGGCGGAUGAGAGCAGGGCGCUGUCGGAGUUUCAAGGGGAGGUGGUGCAGCUGGCUGCUGUGCUGAACGGUGAGCAUCGGUUGAGCACGUUCCGGGGUGGUGACGCGGGGAAGAAGAUGAGUGUGAAGGAAGGGGAGGAGUAUGUGAAGGGUGCGGUCUCGAGGUUUAUUAGGGCGAGCAAAGAGGCUGUCAAGAUGGGUGCAGAUGAGUCUGCCAUUGUGGACAUGAGGUCUUCUUUGACAACUAGAUCCUCCAUUCAUAACUAGGUAGGUAGUUAGUUUCCUAUAACAAGUGGUGUGGUUCAAAAUAUUUUAUACUAUAUGUGAUGUGCAUAUGAAGAAUAUUUGAGGCUUGUGUUUGUGUUUGCAAUAGACUAUAGUUGCGUGGUGAA